AUGAAGUUCUUCAUCUCCAUCCUCCUCCUCAUCACUUCCACCUCAGUCCUGGCCGUGCCCACGGGUAUGCCACUAGUCAGGACUCAAGGAAGCUCUUCAGCUUCCACAUGCACAGGAGGUGGCACAACAAACAACGCUGCCCAAGGCUCAUCAAACCAAGGGUCAUCAAAUUCCACAACAGGCGGCGGCGGCGCAACUGGAAACAUCAACCCAAAUCUGGUACCAGACUUCGGAGUGGCACAGAACGUAAACGCAAACGCGCGGCAGCAAGGCUCAUGCGACGGCUUCAACGCGGCCAGCAACUCCGUUGUCAACAUUCCCUGCUCUUGCCCGCCAUCACGGGCGUCGUUCCUCGCCGCGCUGAGCAAGAACGUGGCCGCGGGGAGCGUGCAAGGCGAGAAGGUCCAGUUCAACAACGAUGCCAGCGACCAGAGCGCCGCCACCAACAAGCAGCGGGCGACUACCAUGCUGGUCACGUUGCAGAAUCUGAAUGGAGCGGGUGUCGGCUGUCCUGCAGUAUCUGCUCCCAAUUUCGCCGUCAUGCAGAAGACGGGGGUUCUUUCUUCGAAGGCUUUUGUGCAGUAG